GUUCAUCAGCACCCUAAAUGAAAGUAUUCUUUUAUAAGGAAGUAGAAGAACAGAAAAACAACUAGCAAAUGCGAGUUUCCAUGAAGAGCAUGUUGUGAAGCAGCUGCACAUAUACUGCGAUCAUGGCUACGAAAUCUCCUCAAGGAGGUUCGGAGCUCAGAAUUGUGAUCUUAGGAAAUGCUGGAGAGAAUAAAGUGGUCAAAUCAGUCCUAAACUGUGAGAAUCUGACAGGAGUGGAAGUUGGUCUCUGUACUUUACUUCAGAGUGAAGAAGCAGGAAGGAAGAUCAGUGUUGUGGAAGCACCAGGAUGGGACAGACUCAGACCAGAGAGGAUAAAAGAAGAAAUUGUCAGAAGCGUGUCACUUUGUCCUCCAGGACCUCACGCUCUGCUUCUGGUCAUACCAGUGAAAACUCUCUCUGGAGAACCUGAAAUGAAUGCAUCAGAGAUGCACACGAGGUUACUGUCAGAGCGCGUCUGGAAACACACCAUCGUGCUGUUUGCUUGUGAUGAUGGAGUGGACGAACUAACAAUCAGGGAACACAUUCACAGCGCAGAGAAAAUCCUGGAAAAGUGUGGAAGACGUUUCCAUGUUCUUCAGAAAAGCACUUGUGAAUCUCCCACUCAGAUUCAUGCACUUCUUAAGAAGAUAGACGACCUGGUGGAGGAAAACCGUGGUGAUUUCUUCAUACCACAAGCUUACUAUGUACUGAUUCAACAGAAGACACAAGAAGCAUCUGGUGCGACUGAGCUCAGGAAGAGACGUGGAAGUCUGGACAGUCCUCCUAACUACAACGAAGACAAAGGAGAUUCAGAGAAGAAAGAAUCUAUAGAGACUCCCAAACAUAGACCUUCGGAAGACAUGCCAAAAAUCACCAUGGACUUCAAACCGUUUGUAAUGAUACUGAUGGGAGCGUUCGGAGCACUUCUCGGUGCAGUUGCUGGAGCUGAAAACGGAGUUUCGGGGUCUUGCUCUGGAUUAGUGUUUGGUGUCGUUGUAGGGGUUUUACUUGCAAGUUUCACCGUGUACAUUUAUACUCACAUUUAUUCACGAGCUUAUCCAAAGCAGCCCACACAAAGCUCAUCGUAAGCAACUGAAUCAUAAGGAGCUGCAAAGUUGAUCAAAUGCA